UAACAAAUAAUUUAUUACAACUAACUAACAGUGAUUGUAAUAAUGGCCGAAAAUCGGCGGGUUUUAACUACAACGUGUACGGCUUUUAUUGAUGAUAUAUAUAAUGACCAGCAAUUGACGGGUCAUUUCAAUCCCAAUGAUCGGUCAGUAUGUGAUCGAUCAACAACAGUAUCUAUUGGCCAAACUUUGCGUAAUAGUAACCAACAACCAGUUAACAUACAUUUGACAGAUCAACCGCAAUUCGGUAAUAUAUUGGCCGUACCCGUAGAACAAUACAGUCCACAACCAGAUAACCGAUUGACGCCAAACUCUGAUUUUGGUAAUAUAUAUGACGUACCCGUAGAGAAAUUAAGUCCUCAACCUGAUGGCCGAUUAAGUGUAUUUAGCAGCGCUUAUACACCGUCAACAACACCUUUUAGUGUAACCGCCUUAGCGUACUCACCUUCGGGAACACAAUUUACUGGCCAUUCAUCGCCAAACAUAUCUGGCCCAACGAUUAGUUUUGACUAUCGCUUACCAAUUAAUAACUAUCCGAGUUAUCAAUUAAUUGGCCAACAAAGUAAUGAUUCCCGUAAUUAUUAUGCUAUGUCUCAUGAAAUCUAUAACCAAAUGCCUGCAAUCAGAUCACCAUUUAUGGUUGAUUAUCAAUCAUUACCGUAUGGAUCGGUCAAUUAUACUGACCGAUCGGAAAAUAGAUUACCACUAUUACAAUCAAAUGCAUUAGACUCCAAAUCACAAUUAGUGAAUCAAAAUAAUGAUUCAAUAACUGAAUACCUGCAGCCGUUAAAUAAUGAUAUCACCUAUAAUUCAAUGUCUAUUAAAAAUGAUAGUAAUGAAGAAAUUAUUGAUAUAUCAUCAGAUAAUUAUGAUGAAUACACUUAUAGUCAAACUAUUCAAUCAAAUGAACAAAUUGGUGAACAGCUGUCAAAUCAAUCCGACAUCGAAGUUGAGGAUCUAUCUAAUGAUGAAAUUAACAGUCUAAUGAUCGAUCAGACCGAUCUAAAGCCCCGUCGGCGAUCGUAUACAUUAAAAACACAAUUGGAUGCAUUAGAUGAAAUUAAAAAACAUAAUUUAAACAAUUGUGAAGCGGCGGCAAAAUUUGGAGUGGCCACGAAAACAAUAAGGGAUUGGAAAAAUAAAGAAGAGUUUUUAAGAAAAGCUAAAAAUGAAAGAGAUAUUAAUAUAAGAAAAAGAAGAAAAAUGGAAAGAAUAAGAAUACCAAAAAUACCGGAAGUCGAAGAAGAGGUAUUGAAUUUUCUUAAAAAUCAACGAAAAAAGAGUGCAAUUGUAACGGGAUCUGAUUUAAGAUCAAAAGCUAUGAUAAUAUAUCAACAAUUAAAACGUAAAGGUAUAAUAAGACCGGUCAUGGAUAAAAAGACUGGUCGAGAAUUUUCGGCAUCAAAUGGUUGGUUAAGUAAUUUUAAUAAAAGAAAUAGAAUAUCAUGGCGGGCAAAAACUUCAGUCGGUCAAAAAAUACCCGAAGAUGCCCGCGAAAAGUCAUAUACUUUUUUUAGUAGAGUUGAUAGUUGGAGAGCUGAUGACCACAAAAAUAUUGGUGUCAUCUAUAAUGCAGAUGAAAUUCCAAUGUAUAUCGAUAUCCCUGGUAACUAUACUUUUACCGAAAAAGGUGCCAAAACUGUUAAAGUUAAGACGACUGGUCACGAGAAAACAAGAUACACAUUGAUAUUGUGUGCGGACAAUACUGGCCGAAAAUUAAAACCAGCGAUUAUUUUCCGAAAUCGAGUAAAAAUCCCAAAAGGUUGUUCACCUAAAGAGUUGACCGGUGUUCAUGUGAUGGUUUCUAAGUCGGGAUCAAUUGACAGGCAUUUAAUGAUUGAUUGGAUAACUAAUGUUUACGACGCUAGAGGUGACGCAAUAUUUCAUCGACAACACGAUCGGUCAGUUGGUGAGUUCCGUAAAAAUUUAUUUGUAAUGGACUCUGCAUUGGCUCAUACAAGAGAUGAAAUUAAAGAUCAUUUUUAUAACAAAUGUGAUACAAAAGUUAUGAUAAUUCAAGGAGGUAUGACUCCUCUUUUACAACCCGCCGAUGUGUCCUGGAAUAGACCGAUCAAAGCUAAGAUAAGUGCUAAAUGGCGAGAAUGGAUGGAUUUAGAAAAAACAACUGAAGAUCGCACCAAAAAAGGCAAUCUAAGGCCACCAUCACAUCGACUGAUAGCUGAAUGGUGUCGCGACGCUUGGAAAGAGUUACCUUCAGAUGCUAUUAAACGAAGUUUUAAUGAAUGCAAUUUAGGUCAACAACGAAACGAUUAUUUAUUGCAUUCAAAAUUAGUCACAAUUUUGAAUACAACUGAAAAUACCGAAUGUAUUGACGAUAACAUCAGUGAUCCGACCGGUCUCUCAGACAAUGAAGAUAUUGUUACUAAAGAAUACACAUAUGAAAUAGACAGUGAUACAGGUGGUGAUGAUAUUAUCAAUGUCAGCCAGGAUAAUAUAGACGUGAAUAGCAGUGAAGACGAACUAUACAAAAAUUGUUGGCUUUGAAUAAUUUAUUUGAUAAUUUGUAAUAUGUAAUAAUUUGAAUUAAAAAUUUAAAUAAAAAUUUAAAUAUAUUACGGUAUAUUUACUUAUUUUUUAUAAUUUUUUGACCGAUCUUAAGAUAAAAACAGUUGACUACAGUGGAUAUUGGACGGCAAGUAUAGUAAGACAUUUUCGGUAGUUUAUACCGCAUAUCACUGACCGUUCCCUAAGUAAUAAGUUGUCGACAAUAUUUAAAGUAUUUAUCUGAAUCAUAAAGUAGAGGAUCAGAUGAUCGAUAGCCAAAAUCAAGGAAACGGAAUGCCAAGAAAUUGCAAUUGACAUUCACAAAGUUACCAUCUUUUGACGAGUUAAUCAUGUUUUACAAUACAACAAUCAGAAAGAUUAUACGCGAACUCAAACUGAUACAAAUCCAACGUCACUAUUACGAUCCGACCAACGAGAUUGAUAUACACAAACAUAAGCUAUAUGUGUGGUUCGGCUAGUGCUGACCUGGAUCUACAGUUUAAUAAGACAAUAUAAAGACCGGUCUAUACAUACGUAAGCCAAUCAUUAAAGAAACUCUAAAUAA